CAAAAUAAUUGAUUGAAUAAUUUUGACGAAAAGGACUUUACGAACUUUUUAUAACACCGUGAAACAACUAAAAAUUGAGCAUCGCUGGACGAUGAUAGUAGAGGUAGAUACGAUGGAAACGUAGGAAUAUAUAUAAUGACGGUGAUAAUGAACUCCUUUUUGUGAUAAUAGCUGUUAUUUUGAGAGAAAUUAGGAGGAAAGCCUAACAACUUUACAAGAGCCGGGCCGAGAGAGGAGAGGAGCAACCCCGGGGAAGUAUGAGGAGCGCGCGAGGCGUUAAACUGCCCCGGACCAGCGGGGUAGCGCUCCCAGGAAAAUUACGAUGGAAUAAUGGAUGUUGGAAACUGAUUGGCAUUUUGGUUUUCGUUGUCAUCCUCGAAAUAAAUACCGUGUCAGGAGCAUGUGACUGUGAGAGUGACUGCGCAUCCAGCUGUACUGCGGGUCAGUAUUGGGAUAGCAAUGCCACAGCAUGCUUCGAAUGUCCACCAGGAUAUUACUGUGCCGGUGGAGCAGAUCCAAGAUUACCAUGUUCAGCGGGAACCUAUAAUAGCCUUGCCAGCCAGUCAUCUGAUUCAGCUUGUAUGGACUGCUCGGUAGGAACAUACAGUCUGGAUGCAGCCGAGUUCUGUGAAUGGUGUCCGGCCGGUUAUUCGUGCCCAGCAGCUUUCUUUUUAUCUUUGUCCCUUCCUGACUGCUCGGUAGGAACAUACAGUCUGGAUGCAGCCGAGUUCUGUGAAUGGUGUCCGGCCGGUUAUUCGUGCCCAGCAGCUGGUCUCUCUGAACCGAUCAUGUGUGGGGAAGGUCAAUACUCCUUCAACGGGAGCUCCUCCUGUCUCCAGUGCCCUCCUGGCCACAAGUGCCCCUCCAUCUACCAGGAUCCCAUCAUCUGUGAGGAGGGGUACUACUCCAGCGGGGAGGGGCAGACGGAAUGCCAGCAGUGCCCUGCGGGGUACGCCUGCCCGGACCGUAACAGCACCGCGGCCUGUACGGCUGGGUAUUUUAGCAGGCUAGGGGACGGGACCUGUAGUUCCUGUGUGCAGGGGUAUUACAGUGAGGAGGCUGCUUCUUCUUGCCUACCCUGCCCCGAAGGCUACUCCUGCACCGACCCCUCGCAAGACCCAGCCGCCUGCUCGAAGGGGUACAUCGCACCCGCCGGCUCUGACAACUGCACCCGCUGUGCCUACAACGAGAUCACCAAUGCCGCCCAGACGGACUGUGUGCCUUGCCCCGCUGGGCAGGAGUGCACCGACCCUACGGUCGACCCGGUGGACUGCGCGAGUGGGCAAUAUGCUCUUCUAGGAGAUGGCGUCUGUCAGAGUUGUCCCGCCGGGAGUAGGUGCCCGUCGGUCAGCACCAUCGAGGAUUGUACGCCAGGAACCUAUUCAAGUGGGGGAGCCACUGACUGUCUGUCAUGCCCUGCCGGUCAUAGCUGUACCAACUCGUCAGCUUCACAGUGUGGUAGCGGAGAAUAUAGCCCACUCGGAGAUGUCAACUGCUACAGCUGUUCCGCUGGUUUCUACUGCACACCUCUUGCUGGCUCUCAGACAGCUUGCCCCGACGGCUACUACUCCGGGGCUAACGCGACAUCCUGUACGGAGUGCCCACCGGGCUACCAGUGUACUUCCACAGUUGCCCAGGAGUGUGCAGCGGGGUAUUACUCUCUAGGACAGGCCAGUACCUGCUUGCCUUGCCCCAGAGGAUACCAAUGCAAUGUUACCAAUGCUGCCCCAGUAAGAUGCACCAACGGAUGGUAUGCGGAUGCUACGCUUCAGACAUACUGCCUUCAGUGUGAUGCGGGUUAUUACUGUGAUAGUGACGGAACACAGUCGCCUCAGCCAUGUGACAGCGGCCAGUACAGUUUAGCUGGAAGUACGAAAUGUACGGACUGUCCGCCUGGUUUUGCCUGCCCCGAUAAGACCUUAGCCGAUAUGGAAGAAUGUCAGCCAGGAUGGUAUGCGACCGGAAAGGCAACAGAAUGUACACCAUGUACAUCAGGGAAAUACUGCACCGAUACCAGAACCAACUCCGAAAUUGACUGCGACCUCGGCACAUACUCUUACACCAACGCCAGCUUCUGCGUCGUCUGCGACGCUGGGUACGAAUGCCCCAACACCGAUGGAUCCGACAUGCGAGAGUGCAUGGCCGGGGAAUACAGUACAAGCGGCAGUGCCUCGUGCCUUAGCUGUCAAGCCGGAUACGAGUGUCCUGAUCCAACGUCGGACUAUCAAAAACCUUGUAAUCCCGGACUAUACUCGAUCGGUCAACAAGCUGCCUGUACAGAAUGUCCAGCUGGAUCAUUCUGUCCAGUGACCGUGGCAGCGAUAGAGACAGUUUGCGAUCCUGGCUACUACUCCCUUGGCAACACUUCUGUUUGUACACCCUGCCCUGCUGGGUAUAAAUGCCCGAGCACAUCAGAGGCUCCGACCGACGACGACCGGUGUGAACCAGGUACCUAUUCAGUCGGUACCCAAGCCGCUUGCACCGACUGUCCUCCUGGCUUCUUCUGCUCGGAUGUAACCAUUGAUGAGACGCCGUGCGCCGAAGGAUACUACAGCUCCAUUAGACAAGUCAACUGCACCAUCUGUGAGGCGGGGUACCAGUGUUCAUCUACAAAAACUCCUGUUAUCUGCCCGCCCGGGAAGUGGUCUCCGGAGGGGUCCGUCUACUGCCGAGAUUGUUCAAAAGGGUAUACCUGCGAUGAGGGUGCUACGAGUUGGGCUCCAGAUGCUGAUAUCUGUGAACCUGGGGGAUGGUGCGAUGGAACGGAUCGCUUUGAUUGUCCUUUGGGUACCUACAACCCCAACAACGGCUCUAAGACGGUGUCCGAGUGCAGAGCCUGCCCACCAGGUUUUUACUGCGACACGGCUGGAUUAGUAGACUAUACAUCUUUCAACUGUCCCACCGGACACUAUUGCCCGGAAGGAACAACUUACUCAACACGCUUUCCUUGUCCUGGCGGUACUUACAAUGAUCUCGUCAACCAAUCAUCAGAGGUUUUGGCCUGUCAGACAUGCCCAGCUGGAUACUAUUGUCCUGAGGGAAGCUCUGCUGCAGAUGUUAUCUGUCCAGCUGGAUUUUACUGCCUAGCUGGCCAGUAUUCAGGCUUUCAGAAUCCGUGUCCAUUGGGGACCUAUGGCCCGGACGAAGGGUACCAGAACAUGACCCAGUGUGUCGACUGCCCGGCAGGUCACUACUGUCCCUAUGGGAGCGCCAACUCGCCCACGACUGCUGCCGUCGCCUGCGAGCCGGGGACAUACAACCCUGAUGAAAAGUCUGGCCACGCUUACAACUGUCGGCUUUGUGAUGCAGGAAGAUCCUGCCCAGUUCCUGGGUUGACCAACAGCUCCCAUCCUUGUAAAGAAGGAUACUACUGUCCAAAUGGAACCAUCACUGAUGACCAGUUCCCUUGUGGUGAAGGGUCGUACACCGGCUCAACCAGCUUGACCUCUCCUGAUGAAUGCUCACCGUGCCCAGAAGGAACCUAUUGCUCAUGGGGAACAGGAGAAACAAUCAACCCACCCAAGCCCUGCAAGCCUGGCUAUUACUGCCCGCUCCAGACCCCGAGCCCUGACCGGUACCCAUGUCUGGCCGGAACGUUCUCCUUCUCGUCCAACCUCUCCAGGGCGGACCAGUGUGAUCCAUGUACUCCAGGCUAUUACUGCCUCGGUGGAGGAGCAACUGAAGACGAUGUAUGUCCACCGGGGUACUACUGCCCAGAAGGAACAGAGUUUGCUGAGCAGUACGGCUGCCCCAACGGGACCUACAACACAGAGUAUCGAAGACACAAUGUAUCACAGUGUAUGACCUGUCCACAGGGCUCUUAUUGCGAGUACGGUGCAGUCAACCCUAUUGAAUGCCCUGCCGGUACCUACAUGCCUUACGGUGUGGAUGCCAACGGUACCCUCUACGGUUCACCAGCCAAAUACCAAGACAACUGCAUGGACUGCCCCGGCGGUUCCUACUGCUCUGCCAACACCGUAUAUCCGUACGAUUGCGGUACCGGUACCUUCUCCAAGCCGGGGAAGAGCAGUUGCGAGACGUGCGAAGCGGGGUACUACUGCGACAACGCGACGACUUCGUACACAGAUAUGAUGACGAACAAGAAGUGUCCUGCGGGGUUGUACUGCACCACGGGUCUUAACGCCCUGGAUGAAGCGGUGAAUUGCAGCAUCAGCCACUACUGUCCUGAAGCCACGCCCGAGGAGCUCAACUGCCCAGUGGGUACCUACAAUCCCUCUGUCGGCAUCGGUGCCAUCACCGACUGCACCGCUUGUGACGCCGGCUACUACUGCUUGGAGGGCAUCUCAACACCGACGGCGCCGUGUAGUGUGGGCUUCUACUGCCCGACCAACAUUGCCAAUGUGUAUGCCUCCUCACCGCCGCUCAUCGGAUCCUAUGGGCCAGAACAGGUUGCUUGUCCGGCGGGAACUUACAGAGACACCACAGGAGCUCGCUUCGUCGAGGAUUGCAUCCCUUGUCCAGCUGGUGAAUACUGUACCCAGGGCAUUGCCAAUGGUAUUGUCUGCCCUCGAGGGUACUACUGCCCGGAGAACUCAACGGCACCCGUCCCUUGCACUGCUGGCCGAUAUGGAAAUGAUACAGGUGCUCAAGCACUGACCGACUGUCCGCUCUGUGAUCCUGGAUGGUACUGCGACGCUCCGGGUCUCCAGACCCCCCGGGCCCAGUGCGACCCGGGUUAUCUGUGCUACGAGGGGGCGUACACUUCCACCCCGACGGAUGGAGUUACGGGAGAGCUGUGUCCCGCCGGAGGCUUCUGUGUGACAGGAUCAUUCAUCAGUGCGCCCUGUCCACCAGGAACCUAUAGUAAUGUAUCCGGAGCCGUCGAUGCGCAGGGAUGCGAGGACUGUGACCCAGGAUUCUACUGCAGCAACGCAAGAACUCCAGAACCCACUGGGCCGUGCAACCCCGGGUACUACUGCACCGGUGGAUCGAGCACGCCUAACCAGACUGUCACGCAGCCUGGAUACUACUCGCCCUCCGGAUCCACCCAGCCGUUCCCCUGUGCCCAGGGCACCUACAUGCCCUUCGACAGGGCCGGGUCCUGCUUGACCUGUGAGGCGGGGUACUACUGCGAGGAAGAGGCCAUGACCAACAUGACGAGAUGCCCUGCAGGUGCCUACUGCCCCGAGGGUUCUAUCGUCUACUCUCUCUGUCCCACUGGAACCUACUCCAACCUCACCUAUCAAAUCCACGAAGACAACUGCACCAUCUGCCCUACUGGUUACUACUGUGAUGAUCGGGGAGCCAUCCAACCGACGGCCAAGUGCUCUGCUGGUCAUAUCUGCUAUCUCGGAGGUCUCUACGCUACUCCAGUCUACAACAACGAUUCCUCGGAUGGUCAAGUCAUAGUGACGUGGGGUGACCAAUGUCGCACCGGUCACUACUGUCUACUAGGAACUACCCUGAUGGAAGAAUGUCCCCCAGGAACCUACCUGACCUACCAAGGAGCUGAGUCGAUCGAUGAAUGCGUUUCCUGCAAUCCUGGGAAAUACUGUGAGAUGGCCGGUGAAUCACAAGAAACAGGUGACUGUUUUGAGGGUUACUACUGCAUCGGUGGCGCUAUACGAGGUGAUCCGCACGACAACGUGACCGGUCAGAUCUGUCCUGAGCGGUACUACUGUCCCCUGGGGUCGUCUGUUCCGAUCGUGUGCGAGGAAGGGACGUACUCCAAUACGACUGGUCUCUCAGCUUGCCUUGAUUGCCCGGCUGGAAUGUACUGCCAGCCGGAUAAUGAUCCAGUGCCCUGUCCACAAGGUUUUUACUGUUUGGGUGAAGCCAGCGCAGGCAACGAUCCUAGACCUUGCUUAAAGGGUUACUUUGGAAACAGAGAAGGGCUGAUAGCAGAGUCAGAAUGUACUGAAUGCCUGGCAGGCAACUACUGCGAAGAGGAUGGCCUUGCUAACGUGACCGGUCCCAUAGCUGCUGGUUUCUACUCCAAGCAGCUGGCCUAUCAAGCCGGUCCUUUUGACAUCACCACCAGCACUGAUUACAGUGUAUGUCCGUUGGGAUACUACUGCCCAGAGGGAAGCGGAUACCCGACACCUUGUCCUAAGGGAAGAUUCGGAGCUACGCAGCAGCUGGAGGCGGAGACCGACUGCACGCUCUGUACGGCAGGCGAAUACUGUCCAAACACCACAAUGACAUCCACAGCUGGGCAAUGUUCUCCGGGAUGGUACUGCAUUGAAGGUGCCACUAAGAGUAUGCCUACAGACCCCGCUGAAGGAGGCGAGUGCCCAACUGGUCAUUUCUGCGUCGGCGGGUCGGACUCGCCGUCACCGUGCAUCGCCGGAAGAUACAACAACGAGACGGGCCGCUUCAAUUGUCGCAGCUGUCCCAUCGGGUUCUACUGCACUCAGAACACGACGGUACCCGAGGAGUGCAACCCAGGUUAUUACUGUCCCCAAGAGACGGCGACAUGGGACGAGCACCCGUGCCCUGAAGGGACGUUUAACAACCUGACUGGACGAUCGGAAGAGAGCGAUUGUAUUCUUUGUUUACCAGGCACAUACUGCCAGCUGCCUGGCCUGUCCGCGCCCACCGCCGAAUGCGACGAGGGCUGGUACUGCAUCAACGGAUCUCAGUUCUCCCAACCGACUGACCUGUCCCAGGGUGGUCAGUGUCCAGUUGGUCACUACUGCCCCCAGGGGUCAGUCUACCCAACCUCCUGCCUGCCGGGGAUGUAUUGCGAUGUGGUGGAGUUGGCCUACCCGGCCGGGAACUGCAGCGCAGGGCAUUACUGCACGGAUGGAGCGGAGUCACCGAGCCCCGAUGGAGUUGCAUCAGGUGAUGUCUGUCCCAGUGGUCGCUAUUGUCCAGAAGGAAGCGAAGAACCACAGGAAUGUCCACCUGGGACAUUCUUGAAUACAACACAAAAUCAAGCCCUGUCUGACUGUCUGGAUUGCCCUGCGGGUAUGUACUGCUCAGGAUACGCCAACAGCCACCCAACGGCUCAGUGCGACCAAGGCUACUACUGCCCAUCUGGACAGAACAUCUCUUCUCCGUACGAGUACCGCUGCCCCCAGGGACAUUACUGUCCUCUCGGGAGCCCGGAGGCGAUCCGUUGCCUCUCGGGAUAUUACCAGGAUGAGGAGUUCCAGGAGGACUGUAAGACGUGUCCUGCGGGAUUCUAUUGCGAUAAUCGCCUGGAGCCGGUGGUCCUAUACCAGAACUCGACUUGCCCCGAAGGAUCCUACUGCCCGGCUGGGACCCGGUAUCACAAUGAAUUCAAGUGUCCUCUCGGAACCUUUAGCAACGUGACUGGUCUCAACAUGAGCUCUCAGUGUAGCCCUUGUACCGGAGGCUUCUAUUGUGGAGAGUUGGGUCUGACUGAGGCUACGACACCUUGUGCUGCUGGGUAUUUCUGCCGUCAGUAUGCCGAGAUAAGUACGCCCAACCAGACGACCGAUGCCAACGUUUGUCCGGCUGGUUACUACUGUCCCGAGGGAACGACUGAGCCAAAGGCGUGCCCACCGGGAACCUACUCCGAUGUCCUCCAGAAGGAGAGUGAGGAUCAGUGUCUAAACUGUACCAAAGGAUGGUUCUGCAAUGACUAUGGUCUCACUGAGCCGUACGGUGAAUGCUAUGAGAGAUACUACUGUCCUUCGGGAUCCUCUAGACCUGAUCAGGUCGAGUGCCCUGCAGGAUAUUACUGUAUGAAUGGAACGUUUGAUCCGACUCCUUGCCCUGCAGGUCGAUAUUCCAAUGACACCCUGAAGGCCUCUGCUACAGACUGCUACCCGUGUACUGGAGGGACGUACUGCGAGACAGAUGGCCUAACAGAACCUACAGGUCCCUGUGGGGAAGGAUAUUACUGUCCACCCGGUACUGUCCAUCGAGAGCCCAACGACACCUUCUGUCCGAUCGGUCACUACUGUCCGGAGGGAGUUUCCUACCCGAUACCCUGUGCCAACAAUACCUACGUGAACUACACCCAUGCUGCCUCCUGCAACCCCUGUCCCGCAGGAUACCACUGCCAAUCUGCAGGGGUGCAGGAGAUAUGUCCUGCGGGAUACUUCUGCCCCCAAGGAACAGGCUACGACAUCAUGGCGUGUCCCAGAGGUACCUACAGCGACCAGGAAGGACUCUACGAGGUCGGCCAAUGCCUUCCCUGCACCGCGGGAUACUACUGCGAGCAAGAACACCUCGAUUGGCCUACAGCUGAGUGCGACCCUGGACACUUCUGCGUCUAUGGCGUUGACCGCGCCCAGCCGGACGGGAACAACGACACGUGUCCCGCAUCGAACAACGCAUCGUGUGCAUACUAUGAUGCCCAUCAGACGGGUUAUGGAGGAGUUUGCCCUGUGGGGCACUACUGCCCUCAAGGUACUACCUUGCCGAUACCUUGUCCGAAUGGGACGUAUGCUGCCAGCGAGGGGCUCGCGGAAUGUGUAACUUGUGAAGAAGGUUACUACUGUCCGGAGGGAUCGUCCAGUUAUGAGAUCAACCCUUGUCCAUCGGGUCACUACUGCCCAGCAGGUACCUACUACGGAGAGCAGUUCCAAUGUAUGGCUGGGACUUUCAACAAUCAGACGAUGAGCAAGAAUUCAUCUGCUUGCAUACCCUGUACAGCCGGCUAUUACUGCCCAAGCCCCGCCAUGAACUGGCCAAUGGGCGAAUGCGAGGGCGGGUACUACUGCCCCGGGGGAGAUGACGACCCCACCCCGUCCACCUACUGCACCAUGGGAUACUACUGUCCCCAGGGGUCGGCCCUACCCCUCCCCUGCCCCGGCGGGGAGUACUGCGCUGAGGACAUGAUGAGUAAUACGUCGGGUCUCUGUGAUGCUGGAUACUACUGCUUCUCCAAAGCGAUUUCAGCGUCACCCAAUGACGGAAAUGCCACAGGUGACGAGUGCCCCAUGGGUGCUUACUGCCCGAUGGGAAGUGACUCGCCGGUCCUCUGUGGCGCCGGCAAAUUCCUGAACAGCACCCGGAAUGACAUGGAGUCGGACUGCCUCGACUGUAUCCCCGGAUCGUACUGCGCCGGCAGUGGCAACGUGGUACCGACGGAUGAGUGCUGGCCAGGGUACUACUGCCCAGCUGGACAGAGCGAGGCUACCCCGACUGAGUACAACUGCACGCUAGGUCAUUACUGCCCACGAGGGAGCCCUUCACCUAUCCGCUGUAUUUCCGGCGAAUACCAGGAUGAUGUCGGCCAGUCUUCCUGCAAGGACUGUCCCGCUGGGUUCUUCUGUGAUAGCACCAUGGAACCAGUCGUUCUCUUCAAUGAUUCUUACUGUCCACAAGGUUACUACUGCCCUCUGAAUACGGAGUAUGCCACACAGUAUGCCUGCCCUCAAGGAACCUUCAACAACCUGACCCACAGGAUAGAGAUAGGUGAUUGUCAACAGUGCUCUGGAGGGUUCUACUGCGAUCAGGAAGGUCUUGAAGAACCGGUUGCACCUUGUACUGCAGGAUACUACUGUAAACUUGGAUCCAACUCCUCCACACCUACAUUCGAUGAUGACAACAACGAAUGUCCCGUCGGUCAUUACUGCGUCGAAGGGUCAGCGCAACCCCAGGCAUGUCCUCCGGGCACCUACAAUCCGUCGGUUAGACGCGAGGCGGUCAGCGAGUGCCUGAACUGCACCGGUGGACGAUACUGUCCGGACUAUGGCAUGAAUACGACCGGACCCUUAUGUAAUGCUGGUUUUUACUGUGAAUCUGGAGCCGAUAUUGCAACCUUCGUGCAGUGUCCCACUGGAAGCUACUGCCCGGAAGGAUCUACUCUGCCUAGUCUAUGUGAUCCAGGCUCUUGGUCGGAUCAACCAGGUCUUACCGCUCAGGAUGAAUGCUUCAACUGCACAGCCGGUUUCUUCUGCCCAGCGAGCGGCCAAACCGCCGCCACCGACGAAUGCUGGGGCGGUUGGUACUGCCCCGUCGGUCAGAGCCAGCCCAACCCUCCCGGCUACCUCUGCCCGAUCGGAGUCCACUGUCCCAACGGCAGCGAGAUCUACCUCUCGUGUCCCAGCGGAUUCUACGCUAACUAUUCUGGAGCGUCGGAGUGCCAUGUGUGUCCCGAGAGGUACUACUGCACCCCCGUUGGCCCCGCUAACGCCUCGAUGAAUGCUCAGCCGUGCCCUGCAGGAUACUACUGCCCUGCCGGCACUGGUCUUGACUGGCAACCAUGUCCAGCUGGUACCUAUAGCCCUGAUGAAGGGUUGGCUAGACAAGGAGAAUGUCUGCCAUGUGACGGUGGUCAGUACUGUAUGGGAUCUCAUCUCACGGAAACAUCAGGGAACUGCUCUGCAGGUUACUACUGUACGUCUGGUGUCGACAGGCCAGACCCUGGGGCAGACAACGAGACCUUGGUCAACUCAACAUGUGCUUGCCCGGAACAGACAUACUUCACCGGUGAAGGAGGAAUCUGUCCGAUCGGUCAUUACUGUCCUGAGGGGUCAUCUCUCCCGAUCCCAUGUGAGGCCGGAACCUACAACAGUCUCACGCAACAGUCUGAGUGUAUGGUGUGUCCCGAAGGUUACUACUGCAUGGUCAAUGCUACAGAGUUCUCUAGUACACCAUGUCUGCCAGGUCAGUACUGUCCCAACGGAACGACCCAUGCCUACGAGUUCCGCUGCCCACCAGGAACCUACCAACCCCAGUACAAUGCCAAGUCAAUGGAGGAGUGCCUCGCCUGUCCUGGAGGUCGCUACUGCGCUGGGUACGGUAACAGUAACUACACAGGAGAGUGUGACGAGGGCUGGUACUGCACAGAGAGCGCCUACACUCUAAACGGGACCGACAACGGAGGAGAGUGUCAACCAGGGUUCUACUGUCCAAUGGGCUCUGAUGCACCUGUCCCAUGCACCCCUGGCUCCUACUGUGACAUUGCCGGCCUUCCUGCUCCCACGGACUUGUGUGCUCCAGGGUUCUACUGCACCCUUGCUGCGACCAUGCCCACGCCCCUGGACGGAUCGACUGGAGAUGAAUGCCCGGCUGGGUUCUACUGCGGGGAGGGAUCUUCGUAUCCUCUGGCCUGUCCCCUGGGCACGUACAGCCCCUCCCUUAGGAAUGAGAACAUCACAGACUGUCUGGAUUGCACACAUGGACAGUACUGCGGAGAUCAUAAUCUGACAGCGCCCUCAGGUAACUGCAGCCAAGGAUUCUACUGUACACCCGGCCAGCAGGUAGCGGAUGCAGCCCCUUGCCUCGUUGGCUACUACUGUCCAGAGAUGACCUUUGACCCCAUCCUGUGUCCAAGCGGAACUUACCAAACUGAAGAAGGCCAGUGGACGUGUGAUACGUGCCCAGAGGGGUACUACUGUGAUAAUUCAAACGGUGUUGUCACAGCAAACAUCACUUGCCCAGCUGGCUACUACUGCCCAGCGGGUACUACCAGAGCCGAUGAAUUCCCUUGCCCUACCGGCACCUACGGCAAUGAGACGGGAUAUGCACGGGAAUCGCAGUGUACCGCUUGUACAGGUGGUUAUUACUGUGAAGAGGUAGGACUGACCUCACCCAGUGAUCUCUGCAACGCUGGAUAUUACUGCAGACAGUACGCCAACACAUCUACACCGGAGCUAGGAUAUGAUGCUGACGUCUGCCCUGCAGGUUUUUACUGUCCCGAAGGCACGGCCGAGCCGUACCAGUGCCCCGCCGGUACUUUCAGCAAUCAAAUGGGUCUACACAAUGUUACGCAGUGUACACAGUGUCUAGCAGGAUACUACUGUGAGAGUGUCAAUCUCACUGACACUGAAGGCCUCUGCCAAGAAGGGUUCUACUGCCCUCUGGGGUCUUCGUCACGCACAGAGAUGACCUGUACUGAGGGUCACUAUUGUCCCGAGGGGUCGCCUUCACCUACUGGAUGUCCAGAGGGGACCUUUAACCCCUACCAAGGUCAGAUAGAGGUCGGUAACUGCACUGAUUGUACGCCAGGCAGUUACUGCGAAACACAAGGUCUUGUUGAGCCAACUGGUCCAUGCGAGCCUGGGUACUACUGUCCGGCCGGUCAGAACUCAUCCAGACCAUACGACUACCCAUGUUCGGUCAGUCAUUACUGCCCGCUCAACUCCACCGAGCCACUGCUAUGUGAGAACGGAACAUACAUGAAUCAGACGCAUGCAUCAGAGUGUUUCAUUUGCCCCGCGGGAUGGUAUUGUGUUCUUGGGGACCUCAUAGCGAUGUGUCCGGAGGGCUACUACUGCCCGGACGGAACCGGUAUCGACUGGCAGCCUUGCCCCCAUGGGACCUAUAACAACGAUACUGGUCUCUCUGAAGAGCUAGAAUGUAGGCAGUGUCCUGGUGGUUAUUACUGCGGAGAGAUGGCUCAGACUGAUUUCAUAACAGAAUGUGAUCCAGGGUUUUACUGUGAAUACGGCGUAGACAGAGCCGACCCCAACGGCAACAACAACUCCACCCUGGUGAACGCAUCCUGCGCCGUCCUCGGCGAGCACACCGGCGUCGGCGGCAUCUGCCCCGAGGGGUCCUACUGCCCUCGUGGGUCCAAUCAACCGAUAGAAUGCGAGGCUGGGUCGUACGCUAACACUACAGGAUUAGACACAUGCUGGGAUUGUCCUGCUGGGUACUACUGUCUUGAAGGCGCUGUCACCUACGAGGACACGCCCUGCCCAGAGGGUCACUAUUGUCCGAUCGGCACGACUUCCAUCUACGAGAACCCCUGCCCGGACGGGACGUACUACAACACUACACACGCUACUGAGAUGAGUGACUGUAUUGCCUGUCCAGGAGGAUAUUACUGUGAGAUUGAUGGACUUGGGUACCCAACGGGACCUUGCUCUCCUGGUUGGUACUGUUCCGGUAACUCCUCAUCGUCCAUGACGACGACCCACGGGGGAGAAUGUCAACCCGGUACCUUCUGCCCUGAAGCUUCCUACGCUCCUACUCAAUGCACUCCAGGGAUGUACUGCCAGACCGCUGGGCUGGACACACCGACUGGUAACUGCUCCCAAGGAUUCUACUGCACCCUUGGCGCAUCGGAUCCCGACCCACGGGACAACAGCACCGGGGCCAUCUGCCCUGUAGGUCACUACUGCCCCGAGGGUAGCCCCGCUCCGAUCCCUUGCCCCACUGGCCACUACCUGGAUUCUGAAGAGAACAGUGCUAUGGGCGACUGCUUGUCCUGUCCAUUGGGCGAGUUCUGUCCUGGUGUGGGACGGGAGACGUCGGCUGGACAGUGUGAUGCUGGCUUCUACUGCCCAGGUGGACAGAAUGUAUCUGCACCAGCUGAAUAUGUCUGUCCUGAAGGCUACUUCUGCGAGGCGGGAAGCUUUGAGCCUCAGAUCUGCGAGAACGGCACCUUCCAGAACGAGAUCGGCCAGAACUCCUGCAAGCAAUGUCCAGCUGGGUACUACUGCGACAACACACUGGCCCCGGUCGUCCUCAACAUCACUGGCCUAUGCCCAUCCGGUCACUAUUGUCCUGCGGGAACGAGAUACGCUGUCGAGUUCCCCUGCCCGAUCGGAACAUUCAAUAACCAAACAGGAUUGACAGAGGAGAGUCUUUGCAGCCCAUGUCUUGGUGGAUAUUACUGCCCCACCCCGGGGAUGGUUUACCCCGAGGAGGAGUGCGAUGCAGGGUUCUUCUGCAAGCAGUACGCAAACAUCUCAGCACCGGACCAAGGUGAUGAUGCCAAUGAGUGCACCCCCGGUCACUACUGCCCCCAGGGGACCACCGACCCUGUCCCCUGUCCUAAGGGCUCCUUCAGCAACGAGUAUGGCUUACAGGCCGAAGGAGACUGCGAGCUGUGCACGCCAGGCCACUACUGCUCGGAGAUCGGACAAACCAACACCUCUGGAUUGUGCUUCGAAGGAUUUUACUGUGAGCUUGGUUCAUGGGAUGCCACUAACGUCUCGUGUCCGGUCGGUAACUACUGCCCUCUAGGAUCACCUACGCCCGAGCCAUGUCCGCAGGGCACCUACAGCAACACUCUGGAGAGGUGGAACGUCACCCAGUGCAUCGAUUGCGACGAAGGAUGGUACUGUAACGACACAGGUCUGUCCGCACCAGUAGGUGAGUGCGACGCCGGCUUCUACUGCCCACCGGGUCAGAGUGUUCCUAACCCCACCGACUAUCCUUGUAGCAUUGGGUUACAUUGCCCCGUUGGUAGCGCUCUACCGGUCCCUUGCGCCCCUGGUACCUUCACAAACCUCACCCAGGCUCCAGAGUGUCUGGAGUGUCCCGCAGGAUUCUACUGCGUACCCGAAGAAGUCAUUGAAGGAAACUCUUCUACCGGGUACAGGGAUUGCCCCCAGGGGUACUUCUGUCCCCCUGGUACCGGAGCUAACUGGACUGCAUGCCCACCGGGGACCUAUGGAGCCAGCAAGGGAUUGGAAUAUGAGGAGGACUGUACUGACUGCCCAGGUGGUGAAUACUGCGAUGGUGUCAACCUGACCAUCCCGUCUGGCCCUUGUGAGGCGGGAUACUUCUGCACCUAUAGAGUGGACAGGCCAACACCCACAGCAUUCCCCAAUGAUGGAUGUACCUACGCAGGCAAUCAUACAGGAUAUGGUGGCGUCUGUCCAUUGGGUCACCACUGUCCCGAGGGGUCAGCCCGCCCUCUAGGGUGCUUGGCGGGAACGUACCAGGAUGAAGAUGGGAAAGAGUCGUGCAAGGAGUGCCCGGCUGGCUACUACUGUCUUGCUAACUCGACUACUUAUGAGGAUACCAUAUGUCCAGCUGGUUACUACUGUCCACCCGGUACAACAUAUGACAUCAUGGAACCUUGUGAAGAGGGAACGUUUAAUAACCUCACUGGUGGUCACAACGACUCCUGGUGUACGCCAUGCUUACCCGGUACAUACUGCGCCGGUCAGGGUAAUCCCGAACCUACCGAUCUCUGUGAUGCGGGAUGGUACUGUAUCAGUGGGUCGUAUGAACCGCAACCAUCGGAUCCUUCCCUUGGUGGACAGUGCCAAGCUGGUGAAUACUGCCCUAACGGUUCGUCAGCUCCAAUCACCUGCGAUCCCGGCUGGUACUGUCAUACCUCCGGUCUUCCAGCGCCCCAUGAUAUGUGCACCGCAGGGUACUACUGCACCAAUGGUUCCGUCACACCCACUCCUAUGGGUAGUGGAGGUGACCGAUGUAGUCCUGGAUACUACUGCGUCGAGGGAAGCUCGGUUGAGGAAGCAUGUCCUCCUGGAACCUACCAGCCAAGUCUGAUGGCUAAGAACAUCACCUACUGUCUUGACUGCCUUGCUGGGAAGUACUGCAAUGACAGCGGUCUGUCACAACCAGAAGGGAAUUGCUCCAGAGGAUUCUACUGCCCCGGUGGCCAGACUGUCCCAACCCCCAACGAGUACCGCUGUCGCCGUGGUUACUACUGCCAGGAGGACUCCGCGGAGGAGCAGGCAUGCCCGGCCGGUACCUACCAGGAUGAACCUGAGCAAUGGGAGUGUAAGGCGUGCCCCGCUGGGUUCUACUGCGAUGACACCAACGGACCCAUUGUCAACUACACUGCCUUUGUUUGCCCAGAAGGUCACUACUGUCCGGAGGGCACCAGAGCAGCCACCUACUACAAGUGUCCCAUCGGAACCUUCAACAACAUCACCGCCAUCUCUGACCAAUCGGAAUGCUCCGACUGCCUCGGAGGUUACUACUGCGGCGAGCCAGGUCUCACGUACCCUCGGACGCUCUGCGCGGCGGGAUACUACUGUCGCCAGGCGGCCCGCAUUGCGACACCCAGCCAGGGUUACGAUGCGGACGAGUGUCCGGUCGGUCAUUACUGUCUAGAGGGAACUGAAGAACCAAUCGCCUGUCCUUUGGGCACCUUCAGUAAUGAGACUGGCUUGAUGAAUGUUACUGAAUGCGAAUACUGCACUCCGGGUUCGUACUGUGAUCAAGUGGCACUGACCGCUCCCGUUGACCUCUGUACGGCCGGCUUCUACUGCGUCCAAGGCUCGGACAACCAGGAGCAGUUCGUCUGUCCCGUCGGACGCUACUGCCCUGAGGGUACUUCGGUCCCUUACAAGUGUCCUGCGGGGACGUUCUCCAAUGACACUAGGCUGGUGGAGGAAGCAGAAUGUCGCAACUGCACCGCAGGGUAUUACUGCCAGCAGACGGGACUGUCGGAGGAAGAAGAUCUUUGUACGGCGGGAUACUACUGCCCAGAAGGUUCAUCUAUCCCAGCCCCUAUCGAGUGCCCCAUCGGUCUUCACUGUCCCCUUGGAUCACCGGAACCCAAGGCCUGCGCUGCAGGGACCUACACCAACCGAACCACGCAACCAUCAUGCCUAACCUGCCCACAAGGAUUGUACUGCUUGCCUGAGAAUGAGACGAUCGGAAACCCAGAUCUGGAAGCCGGUUAUGCAGACUGCCCAGCAGGCUACUACUGUCCGGCUGGAACCGGUUCGGACUGGAUGGCCUGUCCAGCUGGUACCUACAGUGACCAGACCAACCUAUACAUGAUCGAGCAGUGCACAGAUUGCCCCGCUGGCUACUACUGCCCCGACCAACACGCCACAAACUACACCGACCUGUGCCAUGAGGGUUACUGGUGCAGCUCUGGGGUGGACAGGGGUAAUCCCCACACCCCCGGGACCAAUGAGACCUAUAACGACACCUGUCCCCUCCUGGGAGGUUAUACCGGUGUCGGAGGGGUGUGUCCCAGGGGGCACAGGUGUCCGAUAGGGGUGGGCGCGCCCAUCGGGUGUGAUACAGGGACGUACCAGGAUAACGAGGGGGAAGGUGUCUGCAAGGAUUGUCCGGAAGGUUUCUUCUGCCCUGCCAAUUCCACCGACUACGACUCCAACAUCUGUCCCGCCGGCUACUACUGCCCAGCCGGCACGGAGCAUGGUCAGCAGUUCCCCUGCUGGCCCGGAACGUUCAACAACGCCACCGGUCAGACGUCCAACUCCUCCUGCUUGUCAUGUCUUGGUGGCAUGUAUUGUAUGGGAUACCAUAAUGAAUGGCCAACCAGCAACUGCAGUGAUGGGUGGUACUGUACAUCUGGAGCAUCCGGCCCGAUGCCAAGUGACCCAUCCAUUGGUGGUCAGUGCCAGGCUGGUCAGUACUGUCCGGCCGGGUCAGAGUUGCCUACUGAUUGUGAUCCAGGAAUGUACUGCCAUAGAGCAGGGCUUGCCUUGCCUCAACUUGAAUGCCAUCCAGGUUAUUACUGCAUCAACGGUGCAUCCCGCGGUGACCCUACUGAUAACAUCACAGGCAAUAUCUGCCCUAUGGGGCACUUCUGUCCACAAGGCAGCUAUUCUCCCACAGCAUGUGACAUGGGCUAUUACCUGGAUGCUGAGGGCCAGUCUCAACCUUCAAACUGCAAGAACUGCACACCAGGUAUGUUCUGUGGUGAGCAAGGCCUACCCUCACCCAGCGGUGAGUGCGAACAAGGAUACUAUUGCCCCGAAGGCCAGUCAACGGCAAAUGCCUCUGCCUUUGCUUGUCCGGAAGGCUACUUCUGCGAGACCGGCAGCCCCGCACCCGAGCCUUGUCCCUCGGGCACCUACCAGGACACCCCAGCCCAGUGGACCUGUAAGACUUGCCCGGAGGGAUUCUACUGCAAUGCAACAAUCGGCCCGGUGGUGUGGACCGGGUCCUACAUUUGUCCUAGUGGGUACUACUGUCCUGCGGGCACGGAGUAUGCGGAGCAGUAUCCCUGCCCCUAUGGAACCUUCAAUAAUAUCACCGGAAUAACCUCAGAGGACGAUUGUACGGACUGUACCGGAGGCUAUGCCUGCAAUCAGAUCGGCCUCUCCUAUCCACCGGUCCUGUGCGCUGCAGGUUACUACUGCAGAAAGGGUUCCAACACCACCACACCGACAUACGAUGGGUUUAACAACGAGUGUCCGGCUGGGUCUUACUGCCCGGAGGGAACGGACAGUCCUAUCCACUGCCCAGAAGGGUACUACAGUCCCAACAUCAAGCUGCAGUCAGAGUCAGAAUGCUUGAACUGCACAGAGGGGUACUACUGUAAUGAGACAGGCAUCACUGAGGUCAGCGGUCCUUGCUCACCACGCUACUACUGCGAGGAGGGGUCAACCACGCCACACAGUCUCAUCUGCCCCGAAGGUCACUACUGUGGCCUUGCGACCUUUGACCCUACACCUUGCCCCAACGGGACGUUCUUCAACGCCACCGGUAUCGCAACGGAGGAAGAGUGCUUCCACUGCACACCUGGAUACUACUGCAACGGACUUGGUCUUGUGGAGCCUACAAAUUACUGUGAUCCAGGGUACUACUGCCCUCAAGGGUCAUCGUAUGCCAAGGCCGUCAUCUGCCCAAUUGGCAAGCAUUGUCCUCUUGGAAGUGCGGAACCGCAGGACUGCAUCGCUGGAACUUACACCGAUAGUGAAGGUCAGGCUGCAUGCCAAGUUUGUCCCGAAGGUUACUACUGUAUCCCAGAGCUAGUAGUGGAAGGUGAUGCAGGAACUACCAGUUGGUCCUGCCCUCAGGGUUACUACUGUCCCAAUGGCACUGGUCAUGACUGGCAACCAUGUCCUGCAGGAACCUUUGGCAAGACAGGAGGACUCACCAACAUUCUGGAGUGCACUCCUUGCGAUGCAGGCUCAUACUGCCAGGGGGUGAAUUUGACCUCACCGACUGCCUUAUGUGCUAGGGGAUACUAUUGUGUCUCUGGAGCCAACAGGCCCAAUCCUCUGUACCUCAAUGACAGCCAGUGUCCCACGGAUACUGUCCAUCCGAUCAUCGGUCAUAUCUGUCCUGAGGGCCACUUCUGCGUGGAAGGUUCAGAAUAUCCUGAAGGAUGUCCUGCGGGAACGUACAACGACCUGCCGGGUGAAUGGGAGUGCAAAGAUUGUCCUGUAGGAUACUACUGCUAUGGCAACACAACAGAUUACCAAGCCAAUGAAUGCCCAUCGGGAUACUACUGUGAGCUGAACACACCCGAUCCUUAUGCCUAUCCAUGUCCACCGGGUACCUUUAACAACCUGACCAUACAGCAUAGCCAAGCGGCAUGUGUUGACUGUUUGCCUGGAUGGUAUUGCGCUGGCUAUGGUAACUCCCAUCCUACCGAUGAAUGCGACGAGGGCUGGUACUGCAGCGGCGGAGCUAAUGAGAGUCAGCCAUCUACCAAUGGAGGAGAAUGUCAGCCAGGGUACUUCUGCCCCCGCGGUUCCGGAGCCCCUGAACCCUGCACCGCAGGCCAAUACUGCGACCUGGCCGGCCUGGCCCUCCCUACCAACUCCUGCGACCCUGGCUACUACUGUCCGUCGGGAUCAUCCGACCCUCGCCAGGAGGAUUGUACGGUUGGUCAUUACUGUCCAGAGGGAAGCAGUCUUCCGACGCCUUGCUCUAACGGGACGUACAAUCCAUCGUUGAACCAGGACGAGUUUGCGGACUGCCUGCCUUGUCAAGGAGGGUUUUACUGUAAUGAGACAGGCGCCAGUACGACCAGUGGAGAAUGUGCUGCUCAAUACUAUUGUCCACCCGGUCAAGUUACUCCAACGCCAGGAGACUACCUCUGUCCGACCGGUCACUACUGCGUGGCUAAUCUAGCCACACCAACCCGCUGUCAGGACGGAACGUACCAGGAUGAUAUGGGCAAAGAUUCUUGCCUCACUUGUGAAGAAGGCUACUUCUGUGACAACACCUUGUAUGCUGUCAGUGACCUGUCCAACGCUUCCUGUCCAGCCGGCUACUACUGUCCAGCGGGAACCAAGAGGGCCAACCAGUUCCCCUGUCCAUCGGGGACCUACAACAACCUGACCAACGCCGUCAAUGAUUCUUGGUGUACGGAGUGCAUCGCAGGGUUCUUCUGCCAGACGCCCGGUCUGAGCGCCCCUGAGGAUGAGUGCUACCCAGGCUACUACUGCUUAGCUGGUGAGGACAACCCUACCCCCAACCCCUGUCCGGAGGGUAACUACUGUCCCUCUGGUAGCUACAUGCCGACACCCUGUCCGGCCGGAACCAUCUCUAGCGGUACUACCAACGUGAACGUAACGGACUGUGCACCUUGCGACCCGGGCAGGUACUGCACUGCAAACAGCUCUAGCAAUGGUUUAACGCUGCCCUGUGAUGCUGGCUAUAUCUGCACUGGUGGCUCAAACACGCCAACUCCUGGGGACAUUGCCAUCGGGUACACCUGUCCUCAAGGCCAUUACUGCGAGGCGGGCGCAACGAAAGAAAGGCGAUGUGAUCAGGGAACCUACGCUCCAUCCGUCAACCAUGGAGAAUGCCUCGUCUGCCCAGAAGGAACAAGCUGUCCAGAGACUGGCAUGAACUUCACCUUACCAUGUCCUGAAGGGUAUUACUGUCUACCAGAGACCAGGGAUAAUGGAAUGCCAUGCCCAUUAGGUACCUUCAGUAACAUCACCGGUCUAUCCAACGAGAGCCAAUGCCAGGCUUGCUUUGCCGGGAUGCACUGCAACGAGACCGGUCUCGCCUGGCCCUCAGGGUUCUGUGAAGCCGGUUUCCUCUGUAUCUCGGGAGCGAUGGAGUCGGCUCCAGACGAUGGCAUCAAUGGACCUUGCCCCACAGGAGCUUACUGUGAAGAAGGCGUGACUUCUGAAGCCCUCUGUCCUCCUGGCACCUUCAACCCAACCCGCGGCGGUCAGAACAUCACUGACUGCCUUCCUUGCACCUCUGGAAAGUUCUGUGGAACCAGCGGCCUAUCGUCCCCUACAGGCUGGUGCCGCGAAGGGUAUUACUGCCCCAGCGACGCCGAGGUGUACGACAAUCGCCCAAGCGAGUUUGAGUGCCCAGCGGGCCACUUCUGUUUGAAUGAUACAGCCACGCCCUAUCCGUGUGAACCUGGUACCUACCAACCAAAUACAAGAUCUAUCGACUGUCAGGUCUGCCCUGAGCGGUACUACUGUCUCCAGAACACCAGCCACCCUGAGCCGUGCAGCCCCUACACCUACUGCCCCGAGGGUUCACCAGCACCCAUCAACUGCCCCAACGGGACGUACACCAUGGACAACGUGACGCACCUGGCUGCAGCCGAUGAAUGCCAGUAUUGCCCUACAGGAUCAUACUGUCUUGGGGGCCGCAUCGCUGGGCCAUGCUCUGCAGGAUAUCUGUGCUUCAGUGGAUCUGAUGAUCCCACACCCGAUGGUAGCGACCCAACCGUUGGAGAAAUCUGUCCCUUCGGUUUCUACUGUGAAGAAGGUGCAGCUAAUGUAUCGGCCUGCGAGCCUGGCAAGGUCAUAGCCUACGAGGGCGCCAUGAGCGUCCUGGAAUGCCAGCUGUGCCCUGCGGGAUACAUCUGCUCCGUAGACAACGUCCUGCCGCAACCGUGCACGCCGGGAUACUACUGUGAGUUUGACGCAGACCGUACUCCCUGCCCCAACACUACCUAUUCUUCAGAAUCUGGGGCUACCAACAGCAGCACCUGUCAGCCGUGUCCUGCUGGCUUUUGGUGUAACGAACCAGCUUUGACAAACUACACCAAGGUGCCGUGUCCUCUAGGGCACUACUGUCCUACAGCUACAGAUGAACCCAUGCCAUGCCCACCAGGAACUUACAGGAGUCUCCUCGGCGCUGAAGAUGAGUUUGACUGUUUCAUCUGUCCACCAGGGUUCUAUUGCCCCAACGACACAGCUAACAUCUAUGAGAUUGAAUGUGAUGAAGGACAGUUCUGUCCCGAAGGUUCUUGGGCUCAGAGAGACUGCCAACCAGGUUACUACUGUAACCGCUCUAUAACGCAAGAGAAGUGUCCAGCCGGGUACUACUGUCCAGUGCGUUCACCCUACCCCAUCCAAUGUCCAGCCGGUCACUACUGUGGCGAGGAGUGCGGCUACCUGAAUGAUACCGCACCCUGCCCUGGUUCAAUUACACCCGUCAUCUGUCCACUUGGUUAUCGGGAGAAGGAAGGCUCCAGACGAAGCACCUUCGAGAACACCUGCGAGGUCUGCCCUGCCGGUUACUACGGCAACAUGCCCGACCGUGCCAACUGCACCAUUUGCGAGGCGGGCGUGGUCUGCCUGGAGGGCGCCACCACCGACUACCCGCUCGACAACACCACGAUGCACGGCGUGAACUACACCAACUCCUUCCCCUGUCCCGUGGGGUACUACUGCCCCGAGGGUUCGUCAGCGGCCUCACCGUGUCCAGUCGGGACGUUCCGGAGCGCGGAGUACGCCGUGGCUGCAUCGGAUUGCCUGGUCUGUGGAGUGGAUCACUUCAACCAUCUGACCGGUCAGCAGGGUUGCUUCCAUUGUGGUAGUCAGGCGACGACGGAAGGAGCCGUUGGGUCUUCGGAGUGUACUUGCAACGGCGCUAAUCAGGAAUUCCAGUUCACUGAUCGCCAGUGCAUCUGUCAGCAUGGUUAUUCCCUGAGGGCCGACGGGAACACGGAGACCUGCACCAAGACGGUCUAUGAUCAAUGCGACGAGGGAACCUACAGGAACCAGCAGGGACAGUGCUGGACGGAGUCAGAGUGGGAAGAUUACUGUAUGAAUGAGCAAUGUCAAACUCCUGAAGACUAUAUUGGCUUCAUCAGGGGAAACCCCAACGACUGUCAAUGCCAAACUGAAGAUCUAGAGGAAGUCUGUAACCGAGAGUGCCAGGUUGCUCAGGAGAACCGCAUCACUUUAGUCUGCUCCGACCCCGCCUACAUCAGGAUCACCGAUGCCAACGGAAAUGAGACGACGUUUGCAGCCGAUUCUCUGUCCCGGAUCAUCAACUCACGUAACUCUCUGACCACGGACCAGUGUACCGCUCUGGACGGUCACACGCAGAAGAUCAACCUCAUCGUCACUUUCGAUGGUGGCUUCACCGGUGCUUACGAUCCUAACGCAGAGGACGUCUCCAACCUUCUUCAAGACAACUCCAAGGAUAGCGUCGUCGCCGCCGGCAACGUCUCCCGUCGACGACGAUCGGUCGACUUGGGAUUCAACGCUACUAGGUUGGACGGGCGUCGCCGGCUGAUGGCGUCGGUGGAGGACCCGUCCGGUGGAACGUAUACCGGUAUCACCAACCCAACGGUGUGUCUGAAAUACGGAGAGACCAUGCUGUUCACGGUGGAUAAUAACAAUUAUCCAAUUUACGAUAGGGAGAAUCUUUAUAACACCAAUGAGAAGUUUGACUACGGUGGUUUUAGAGAGUUGGCCGAGCAGCAGGGUCAGGUCCUGACGAGCACGACUCUCUUCGCCUAUCAGUUCGUCGACCCUGGUGUCUACGUCUUCACACUCAAUAACAAUACAGCUAAGAAGAUGUACAUCCGUGUCAUGGCUGAGAACGCCCAGUGUUCCGAGGAGGGACCGUUCUUCCCGUCCACACCGAGGUACAUCAUCCAGAAUGGUAUCGCCUUGGAGUCCGGUAUCCUCCUGGCACCGGACUGGAUCACCAUUGGUUUGGUUCUAGGACUCUCUGUUGUUCUGUCCAUCCUACUAAUCAUUGCUCUGAUGUUGUUCCGCAAGUACGGCUGGAACAAGCAGCGGUAUGUCAGGCCAAAGUUCCGCAACCUGACAGCCAAGAAUGACUUUGAUGAUCUUGCGUCCAAAGGGUCCACUGUCCACCAUACCAAGAAGUACCACCGAGCUCUCGAAGGACAGAAUAUGGAGACGGAAGAAGGGGUUGGUGUACCAGUGGAAGCCAUACAGGUGAAGAGCGAUGAUUUCUGGGACUACGACAAACAGGUCGACCUCGAGGGAUUCACAACCACCGACUUCUACGACCACCUCUCAAGGCAGUCGCGUCAUGUGACCAGUGAACUCGGCAGACAGAAAGAUGAGGCCAAGGCCCUCUAUCAGCAGCUAGCGAACCAAGCCCAGUCACUCAAAGGAUUAUGGGUAGCGAAGCUGAACCUGAAGGGCAAGGCCGCCCUCGCUACCGAGGCUGAUCUCGCUGCAUACGACUCAAAGAAUGCUGAGCUUGAGUUGGAGCUGGAGCGUCGCCGUGAGCUUGGAAUGAGGAUGGAAACGUAUUUGAAGAGACAAGCAGAUAUCUUGAAGGAUGAUGAUAGAUGCAGAGAAGAACACCAGGUGUCCUUCUUGUCUGGUCUUAGCGAAGCAACCCGUCUGAUGAAUGAGUACUCUGAGAAGCUUUCUACCGGUGGAGAUUCCCUCGAGAGAGAGUUUGAUAACUCGAUGCAAAACCAUACCAUCCGACGUGUUGGCGCCCUCUUGAGUCGCACGUCCCAAGAGGUAUCUGCGGAGUGUCAGAGGAUAGGAGCCUGGGGUGUUCUAGGUCAAGGAUCGGGCGGUCUCCUGGUCGCACCUGGAACUGAUAACACACCUCUACCUCGGGAAGAACUGUUCGGUGCUGAUGGUAAACUACAGCAGACAGAGGUGACCAAACGAGACCCGACCACUGGUCUAGUCAUUCCAGUUCCUGGAUCUCUGAUGCUGACCGCCAACGGAGAGGUCAGGAAGGUCAAGGCCAACAUGUUUGUCCAUCCUCAGACUGGUCACGUCUUACCGAUGAAUGGCAACGUCUCCUAUGACACAAUGACAUCACGGUUGAUCGUUGUAACGGACACAUCAUCAACCGAGCUUCCACGAUCAGACGAUGGCGUCCUGCCAUUCGUGCCCUACCCCAUCGACCCCAACUCCGGCCUCCCGGUCCAGUCCCUCAUCACCGAAGCAGAGCAUGCCGGUGAAAUCAAACUGGGCGCGGCCAUGUCCGACCCUGCCACCGGUCUCCAGUGCCCAAUCCUCGCAAUCACCAUCCACCCCGAGACGGGCGUGGCCUACCCCCUCUGCGGCACCCAUAUUGACCCCGUGACCGGACUACCGCUCCCCAUCGAGGUCGGGUCACUCAUGGUGGAUCCGACCAGCGACCAGCCAGUGCCGAUCUUGGAUGUUUCUAUUGAUGUAGAGACAGGCGACGUGAUACCUAUCGGUGGUGUCCAACAAACACUGACCGAUGCCCACGACGCUUACAGCCCGAUGGUCAUGUCAGACAAGUUUGUUGAGCCAGUGAGCAUGCUGACGGCCCGUAUAGGGGGCGUCAGACUGGAAGGGUCGGAGGUGACUCCUACCGGUGGAAGCUACCAGUCCCUCCUGGAUGCAAGCUUGAUGCUGUGUGAGAUCCAAGUCCUGGAGAGGAUGAAGACGUACCUUGAUAACCUAAUGGGACCCGAUGGAGCCAACUGCCGACAUGAGCAGAAUCUCCUGGAGACCUCGGUGAAGGACAUGACGGCCGUCAGACAACGCUCCAGGACCCAUGUCAUCAGGGACGCUCUGGAUGUCGAGAGGAGAGCUGAGAGGGCUAACAUCUUGGCUGUUAGUGGUGGAACUCCUGGUAUGUACGAGUUUGCAGAAACCGGUCAGCUUCUCCCAAUCCUCGUCGGUACCCUCAUGUCCGACCCAGGCGGGUCGGGUAAAAAGGUGCCAAUUUUAGGAGUAGGCAAGAAUCCAGAGACCGGCCGUCUGAUGCCGCUCGGCGGGACCAUGGAAGACCACGAAGGAGACGGACUCGUACCUAUCAUGAUCGGUCACAAAGCAAUAGAUACAGUGACAGGUGACCUCAGCCCGGUGACCGGUGUCCGCAUCAACGCAGAGAACGGAACAGUGGUUCCUGUCACCCUCUCGGGAGGAGCAAAGAAAGCCAAGCCCCCACUGGGAGCCGUCUCCAUGAUUGAAGACGAGCUCGUUGCUAGGCGUGGCUUCUGGCGUCGUCAACGUCAGCGGGAGGAGGAGAUGGUCUCUGUGGAAUCUCAUCUCACCCACCAACUCAUCUUAGAGAUCGAGAAUCUUGCUCCAAACAAGGUUGAAGAGGCCCUCGAAACCCUCGCUGAGCAGGCCAAGACGGUAGAGGACUACCAGCGGAGGGAGGUCGAGAGGAGGUCAGAGGCUACGGAAGAACUUGGUAACAUCCUACCAUCAUUCAUCAUGGCGAUACUCUCACAGGGUGACGAACCUGAGAGAUUAGCGGCAGAGAAGCACAACGUCGCGCACACCAAGUACAACGACACAGUGCGCAAGUUCCACAACAGAUUACAGGCUGAAGAGGGUAAAUACAAAGAGAGGAUGGAGGAAUUGAAGGACGCAUUGAACCCUGAUGCCGAGGCCGGUGCUCUCCAUCGUUACCGCCAGGCCAAGGCAAGGCUCCUGUCGGAUCUCAAGGACCAGCUGAUGAGUAGGACUGAGAAUAUUGAUGAGGACAGGGCGUCUAUGGAUUAUAGAAGGGAAAGGAGUGAGCUGCUUACACUAGAGGCAAAGGCUCUCCUGACAAACACAAUCUACAUCGCUGGAACCUAUGAUGCUACCAUCACCGGAGUCUACGGUGACACCACGGCAACGGAACAGUCUAGCCGAGAGGUCAUCCCUCUGCUCAAGCAGCUGAUUGCGAUGUUGGAACGAGGAUCGACCUUUACCCUCUCGGCUGAGCUCAUCCAAGGCUUACAAGGCGGAGGAUCGACUUCUGUAACUGUUGGAGGCGCGAAUAGCAUCAUCAAUCGCAGUAUCGCCCAGGGAGCCAACUACAGUGUCAACGUCAACCAACAGCAAGGCUACAUACCACCAGGUCAGCCUGGUGGUAGGACUACCAUCAAUCUACUCCAAGCUGCACCAGACUCAAGGCCACAGACGGCAGCUGUAAGCUCUCAUGAUAUCAGAAGUAAGCUCGUCGUCCAGGACACGUUGCAGUCACUUACUGAAGAGAGCAAGACGGAGAUGGCCAAGACACUUGUCGAGAGACAGACGCUUGAAUGUGUGAAACUGGAAGAAGAACUGAGAGGGGAGGAAAUCAAGUCUAUCAAUGCCAUUAUUAAGUCACACGAAGAGCAGAAGGAAGAGAAGACUAAGAAAAUGAAGGAAGAACUCAAGGCUAAACUUCAACAAGCCAAGACAGAACAGGAGAAAGAGAAACUCAUCGAAGACUUCAUCUUACAAUCCACCAAGGUUUCAUCAAGUAUCGAAGCCGAGAAGCAGAAGCAGUUGGAGAAUCUCAGGAAGAAACUUGGCGAGAAGAGAUCCCGCAAGAAGAAGGAGCUUCACAGCAAACAUCUCUUGGAGGCCAAGCAGGAGGGUCUCAGUGAGGACAUUGUUCCCGAGAUGACCGUUGAGGACGAAGAUCACCAGGCCAAGCUCCAGAGACUUCUCAUGCUCCAGCAGAACAAACUCAUCGCUCAGCUUCAACAGGCUUAUCUGGAGGAUGACUUGGAGAUGGAGGAGAAGAGGAAUAAUGGAUUUGAUGAGGACAUGGAGGAGAGGAUGAGAAAGUUCAAUCUGAGUAACAGACCCAAGAUGGCUGCCGUUAUUGAUAAUAUGCAAUCAGAAUCGUCGACGACAAGGAAGACAAACUCCAACAUGAAAGACAAGAUGAGGAAUAGGAUGAAAGGGAGGAGAGCGACCAAGUCGGCCAAAGACCUCUUGCCUUCGGGCUUGGAUCCAGAGAGCACCAUUGCUAUGGAGUUCCUUGCUGCUGAUGCUGCUCAAGAGGAUACCGAUGGUGCCCGUGGAAUCAGUGCUGCCAUGGAGGCUCUCUCAGAUAUUGCCAAGGAGAAACAACUCAAAGAGAUGGAUCAAGUAAUCCAGGAAAUACUCGCUGAGGAAGCCGAAGAGCUGACCGCGGAGGAGAAGGAGAAACUCCUCCAGGAUUACAAGGCGAUCGUCGCGAGCACCGAGGAGAAGCUGAGCGACUCCAAGCAGGAGCAACGAGAUCAUCUGAUGGCUAAGCUCGCUGCGAGGAAGAGAUUGAAGGAGGAGGUGCUGAAAGAGGAAGCGGUUGCUAAGGAACUGGAGCAUCUCAGUAAACAACAGGUACUACGAGGCAAUAACGAAGGCCAAGAUGCGCUCAGUGAUGUCCAUGACAGAGCUAAUGAUGACGAGGCAGCGUUCAAGAAAAACAAACUCUUGGAAAACCAGCAGCAUCGCCAGGAGGCCCUGGAGAUCAGCCAACAGACGGAGCUGAAGCGAUCCGCCAAGGAGCUGCAAGAGGAGCGGGCCCGUCUGGAGGGAGCUGUUGACAGUCAGCUGGAAGGACAGAAGGGGGAGGUGUUGGCGAGGAAGCAGCAGGCAUUUGAGAAGGAGAUGCUUCUGAAGGGGAAGCAGCUUGAUAAGGAUCAGUCCAAGGAGAUCAUCGAAAAACAUCAGAAAGAGAUGGAGCUUCUCUCACAGAGCAUGGAUGACGAGAAGAACCGUCAGCGGGCGGCCAUCGCUGAGCGGAUUGCUAAGAGGAAACAGCAGAAAGAGGAGAGCUUGAAACAGAUGCACUCCGCCGAGAUGAAUCAAGAACUACUCAAACAGCGAGCUGAGAGAGAUGAGCUGGCUGAUAAGCAGCACAAGGAUGUGGAACGUGAUGCCUUGGUGGAUGCCCUCAACACGGACAAGACUUCAAAGGCUGAGAAUGUCAUCUACAGAGUGCUGAGGCAACGGCAUAUCAAGGAACAGGUUCACCAGGAGGAGCAGAUGGAACAGGAGAAGGAGGUGGAGAUGGCCCGCAUCAAGGCCAAGGCGACGGAGCAGCUCCAGAAGGACCGGGACGCCCUGGUGGAGGCCCAGCAGAGGGAGUUCCUGGAGCUGGUAGCCAACUCGGGCUCCAUGUCUCCCGGGGAGCUGGAGGAUAAGAAGGAGGCCUUGCAGAGACAGCAUAAGAAACAACUUGCCGAGUUUGACCGUGGCUCCGCCCAGAAGAUAGAGCAGGCCAUGAAGGAUUGUCUACCAGCCCUUGAGGUCAAGCAGGCUCAGUCCCGUCUUGCUCUCAGAGAGAAACAACUUCAAGAACUUGCUGAAGCCAUGAGGGAUCUAUCGCCAGAAGAGGCACUUGUCCAGCAAUACACCGAUCUGGCCGAGAAGGCAGCGGCCGAUGCCCAGAAGUUCCGCCAGACCAAGGUUGCGGAGAUGCAGGGAGAAUUGGACCGCAUCAAGGCGGAUAAGAAGAGGAGAGACGAUGCUAGAAAGGCCAAGAUGGAGCAGGAAGUUGCUGCCUUGGAAGCCGAGCUGGAGAAUGACAGGAUCCGUGAGGAUGAGAGAGAGAGGAAGAGACAGCUGGAGAAAGAGAGAGCAAAGGAGAAGCAGAAGGAAGAGGCGGAGAGACGUCUCCAGCAGGAGCUGAAACACAGCGAAGGAAAUGAAGCCGCCAAAGAGAAACUCCUCCAAGAGCACAACGAGAACAUGAAACGGUUUGAGGAGAACUUCCAGAAGGACCAGCAGAGGAACACUGACAGGACCAAGGCCAGGCUGGAGGCUAGGAAGAAGAAGAAGCAGGAGCAAGAGAUGGCCCGUAUCCAAGGAGAGAUAAAGAACCAGAGUGAUGUAGAUGAGAGGAGGACGCAGGAUCAGAUGAAUCUCAUUCAACAGAAAGGUGCGUCUGAGCUGAACCAGAACAGCGUGAACGCCUGGCGUCCCGAGACCCCCGGCGACUGGGCCCAGAGGAUAGAGGAUGGGUUGAACGAGAAGCCUGAUCUUCCUGAAGGUGUCAACCAGGCCAUGUACUCCGCUCUUAUGGCGUCACCGUUCUUCACUGAUCUUAAAGAGAUCGAGGAGAUGCUCAAGGAUACCCUAGGAUUCAAGGACGGUGUCAAAGGUGCUGUUAACGAUGCAUUUAUCGACCUGAAGGAUGCGCAAUGGAUUCUGGGUAGUGAAAUCACCCCUCUAGACAUCGACAGCAUCUCACCGAGCCAAUUCGUCGUCUACCGCUUCGGAGUCUUCGUCACCCGCCUCCUCCGUCUGACGCUACGCAUGCCCGAUGUGACGCUCCUCCUGGCGUCGUCGCUUCCGCAGAACGACUACAAACGCAACAUGUUCAGGCAUUCUUUCUUCUACCAGCACGCCAAGAAGAUCUUGUUCGUUCGUCACGAGAGGCUGGAUUCCGUCGGAGAGUUUGUGAUGGUCAUCGUGCACUGUCUGGCUCAUAUCAAGGUCAACGACCUCACGGACGACACCAAUCCGUAUUUCCUGAGAGAAUUCUUCAAGGGAAUGAAAAUGAUUUGCCAAGACAUGUUCUUCUCCCGGGCGAAGAUCACCCAGGGUGCCCGGGCUCUCGUGGGAGGCAUGAUGCCUAAAGGAAAGCGCCCUCUGGAGGCACUGCUCAAACAGGGCAAGGGAGGCAACGAGAAGGCUGCUGUAGUUACAGAGCUCAUUGAUACCAGGGUCAAGCACACCGACAAGGAUGACUUUACGAAGGAGAACAUCAAGGAACGCAUCACGGAGGAGCAGGAGGAGUCUUCCAAGGCAAGGCUGAGGGAAUACAUGGUGGCACACGGAGGGUUCAAAUCAACCUCGGACUUUGUCGAGACGAGACUCAAAGAGCUCAGAGGAACCAAGACACAAGGAGAUGAUGGGAGAAGACCUACCAUCCAAAUCACGGGAACAUCGAGUCUGAAGAGCCAACGUGAGCUCAUCGACUUACAGAUCAAUCAGACCAACACUCACCUAGACCAACUCAACAGCCAGCUGGCCAAGACGAUGCUGGAUCUCCAGGCCGCCAGGGAAGGCAUCAAGCGAGCCGAGGAAGGCCCUCAGGCAGCCAGCGAAGGGGAGAAGGCUGCGGACGUCCUCCGCAUGCAGGCAUCGGCACUGGACAUGAAGAUCACCAACCUGACGAAGAAGAUCGAUCAGGUGGAGGAGGAGCUUGCGAAGAAACGCAAGGAGAAGGAAGCAGCUUCGUAAGUCAACGGUGCUACCCUCCAGCGGGGCUACCAGGCUUCGUUGCUAAGUGAACUUUCUCUAAUCAUCGCUUCUCAAUUGCUCUUAUUGAUAGUUAAUCAUCACAUAAAAAGCACCUUACAAUUCAUUGUCAAGCGUUUUCAUUAUCUAGGAAGAUAGAGAACACUGCAUUGUAUAUGUGCUUGCUCCCCUGACUUCGACAACAAUGUUUGCAGAUAUAUAUCUCUUUUCUGCAUUCACCUUAAUCGAUGAGAGCCUUAUUUUUUUUUACAUCAAAAUCAAUUGCAUUUUUGUACUUUAAAGUGCCAGUCCUAUUUGACAAAAAGGUUAUGGCAAUGAUAAUACAUCAUAAUUUUGAUGUUACUAGUUUUGUCCUGAUAUAUCAUUCAUCAGUGUAUGAAUACAAUUGUCUCUACAAAACACACACAUGUAUAUACUAUUUUCAGCACGUAAAUUUUUAUUCACAUGGUGAAUUCUUAAUUAUGGAUCAUGCUCCUAAUUUUUAUAUUCGAUCAAUGAUUAAGUAUUUGAUUGAAAUAAUACUUAUUGACCAAAUUUUGUAUUUCCAUCGAUCAAUGUCUCCUGGUGCCUUUUAAAAUGUGUAUACCAUUCAUUCCUGUCAAUCUCCCGUCCUUUUUUAUAUAACUUGUCUGAUACAGUGAUGUCCAGAUUUGUCUAUACUACACAUUAUCUUUAUUUAUCACAAAGAACAAAGGAUAUAAUGAAUAUUUUCUUGAAAGAAGACAGCUAUCUGAGAUUUGUAUAUAUUUGAAUCAGUUGUGCAAAGAAUAUAAUGAUAUCAACUUAGUGUAUAUUUUAUAUGUAGAUAUUCUGUGUGACUGUGUUUUUGUAGUGAAAGUUUUGUGCAGUUUGUUCAACAUAGACUAUCAUAUUUAUAUCUUGUUUAAAAACUUUGUGAAGAAUUAGCUGAGAAAUAUGUUUGUGUGAAAUAGAAUAAGUGCUAGAGAACCAAUACUCACAAUGGAUAAUGAUGCACCAAUCUGUAGUUUUCUUAUUUCUUGGUAUUUGCAGAACAGUUUUGUCGAAUAUAAGAAAGAUUGAAAAACUUCUCAACAGAUCUACAUGUAAAAUUAUUGUAAUACAUUUGCAGACUCAUGUCGUUAGAAAUAUAUUAACUUUUUUUUUAUACGUGUGUGCGUAUGAACUUUGAUGCAUGUAGAGAAAGACUACAUUGUAAACAUUUGCUUUUCUAAAUUUCCCACCUAUAUGUACAUGUAUGCUUUAAAAAAGUAUGGAGAAUAUCUGCACACAGAAUUUAUGACUUUUGAAUACAAAAUAUUUAGAAAUUUUGCUCUAGUGCACACACGCUCACCUAGUCACAUUCUUGUGAAAUACUUUUGCGUGAAAUGUAAGAAGUGAAGGGAAAAUUGCUGUGGCUGGCAUUAGAUGGUCAGGUAUUUAUAUUUAAUCUUGGUUUGGUUAGUUUAUUCUUAACUUUUCGUCUGAUGCCCUGAUAUUUCCGUCCAGAGUUUGUUAUCAGUUUUUAGUUCAGAAAAAGGGGGGGGGGGAUAAUUUUUGUAUCAAUAAUUAAAUCAUAAAAUCAAAUUGUUUGAAAUGUACCUGUACCAAGUAUUGUCCAACAUUGUUGUUCAAUUGAUUUAAUAAUUUAUUUAUAUAAUUUGGCAAUACUAAAUGUAAUUAUGGGAUCAUGUAGAUGAAAUACAAUCACAAAUACAGUCACAGAUGCAAAGCUCAUAUAUGUACUUGUACAUUCAUUUAAAUGGAGAUUAAAGAAAAUGUUGUGAAAUAAUAGUCAAGUAUCAAAUGUUAUUAUGGGAUCAUUUAAUAGUAAAUGUGCUGGGCUCAAAUAUGCACUUGAUCAUUUAUUCAAGUGGAGAUUGGAUGAUUUAUUUGAAUAAUAUUCAAGUAAAAAUAUUAUUGUGGGAUCAUUUAUGAUAAAAUAAAAUGUAACAAAUGCACAGAUCAGAUAUAUGUGCACUUAAAUUUGUAUUCUGCAAUUAAUCAGUGUUGAUCAGAAUUCAUAUUUCGAUAUUGAUCGAUUUAAUCAUGUCUGAUACUCAGAAGCAAUAAUAGAAUCAUAUCAUUUUAAUAUAAUUAAUGGAAUGUUUAUCAUGUGUCUUAUAAAAGAUGAGAUCUGAUGUAAUUCGCAAAGUAAUCGCUCUACAAGGAACACUUUCUAGAAAAUGAAUUAUCACCUUGAAUUGUGUUGCAAAUUGACCAAACAUUGGAUAUAAAUCAAACACCUUGAAUAUAUGUCUUCAUUGGCAAAGCUAAUUCCACUGCAUUUUACAAUAACAAAUGAAUAAUUUAUACAUUGUCUUUCAUAUUCAUUGUAUUCUGUUAAUGAUUUUAAAUAAUUUGUGUAUCACUUGUGCGAUGUUCUUUUUCGGAGAUGAAACAGAAAAAAGUCCACCAUAUUUUCAUGUACUUCCAUGUAUGUUUAUCUUCAUAUGGCGAUGAGGAAAGGAGAUUGAAAAUGGAAAAGAAAAUCAUUGACUCUUUCUUUUUAUUGUCAAUUUUUGUUUAUAAUUUGAUAAAUUUGUAGAUUGUUUUUAUUGCCUAUUCCUAAUAGUGUAUUUGAAUUUCAUUCUUUUUCUGUGUGCUGAACAUUGUAGGGAAUGUUGUAUUUCUGUAGAGUGUUUUGUGAAACAAAUGGUCGGUUUCACUGACAAAUAUGCUCUGAGCCAAUCAGGUACAAGCAUUUCGGUAGCUUAUAACAACAGUCAGUGGAAAUCAAUGACUUUUUGUUUCAUGAAACGCUCUCCUCUAUGUGUAAUGAACCUUUUUUUUUUUUAUUCUUCCAAUUUGUGUUUGAUUGUUGUAUACACCUUGAUCAAAUUUAAUAUCACUUUUUUCUAUGCAUUCCAUAAUUUUACUUGUAGAGCUGUAUAUUAGAAAUGAUAUGAAUAUUUGUAUAUUUUACGAUUCAUUGGAAUUACUCAGAAAUGUAUUAUAUUUGAAAUUCAAAGAACAAACUAUACAGAAUCUAUGUAUUCAGAAAAGUUUGUCGAUAAUUAUCAUGCUUUAUUUACUUACAUGUAUUUUUGAAAAUUUUGUAUGAUAUGAGUGCAUUUUCCGUCCUAUUUCAUGUACCUUGUUUUGUUUGUUUUUCUUAGGAAUAAAUAAAAGCAUCUGUAAUAUA